AUGCAGAUGGAGGCUGAAGACCCAACAGCGGCGGUCCUCUUGUGUGAAGUGGUGGUGAUGGAGAUCCUCUCUUGGCUUCCUGCAAAGCCUCUGACGCGCCUGAAGCUUGUGUGCAAGUCAUGGAACUCUAUCAUCUCCCACCCUCACUUCGUCAAACUUCACCUUCACCGUUCACCCAAAAUUGCCAUCCUCCUCUUUACGCCCCUCGACGAAGAAAAUAAAUGGGGCUUAGUGUUUAGUAGCGUUGAGUCUUUCAUCCAGAAUCCAUCAUCUACUCUUGAUGCUCAAGAGAAUCGCUACUCUCUACACGUAAACGACUGGGUUGUGGGGUAUAUUUCAGAGAACUCGCCGUGCUUACGUGUCAAUAUGCUCAAUGCUCUUGGAUUUGGGUAUGAUGAGUCAAGUGGCAGUUACAAGGUACUGGCUAUCAUUUGGGAUUCUUCUGGAACACUGAUUACGCAAGUUUAUAGCUUUGGUGGCAGUUCAUGGAAGAGGAUCAAGAGUUUUCCUGCUUUUCCGUUUUCUUGUCAAGAUAAUGGCUACUUCAUCGGUGGCACUCUUAAUUGGAUAGCUCUCCGUAACCCGCAUGGAGCUGAUUAUGAUUGGUAUGCUGUUACACUUGAUAUGUUAAUGCUUGUUUCUUUUGACCUGAAAUCUGAUACAAGUAAACAGAUUCCGCUUCCAAAGGGUAUCGAUGAGAUCCCGGUCAAGAGCCAACCCUGGGAGUUUGGGGAAAUAGCCUGUAUCUUCUUCAUGAUUACAACAGCACUCAUUUUAUUGCAUGGCAAAUGA